ACUUUCCAGAACGCUCGCUGAAAAGCCGAGGAGCGGCGGCUGCCCGAGCUGCCCCAGCAACGCGCUCCUUCCCGCUCCCCCACAGCGGCCUCCGCCCCCUCACCGGCUGUAGAAAAUGGUGAAAGAAACUACUUACUAUGAUGUUUUGGGGGUCAAACCCAAUGCCACCCAGGAAGAAUUGAAAAAGGCUUGCAGGAAAUUGGCUUUGAAGUACCACCCUGACAAGAAUCCAAAUGAAGGAGAGAAGUUUAAACAGAUUUCUCAAGCUUAUGAAGUGCUCUCUGAUGCGAAGAAAAGGGAAUUAUAUGACAAAGGAGGAGAACAGGCAAUUAAAGAAGGUGGAGCAGGUGGUGGUUUUGGCUCCCCCAUGGACAUCUUUGAUAUGUUUUUUGGAGGAAGAGGAAGGAUGCAGAGAGAGAGGAGAGGUAAAAAUGUUAUGCAUCAGCUCCCUGUAACCUUAGAAGAUUUAUAUAAUGGUGCAACAAGAAAACUAGCUCUGCAAAAGAAUGUGAUUUGCGACAAAUGUGAAGGCCGAGGUGGUAAGAAAGGAGUGGUAGAAUGUUGUCCCUAUUGCCGAGGUACUGGAAUGAAAAUAAGAAUUCAUCAGAUGGGGAUAGGACCUGGAAUGGUUCAGCAAAUUCAAUCUGUGUGCAUGGAGUGCCAGGGCCAUGGGGAAUGGAUGAGUCCUAAAGAUAGAUGUAAAAGCUGCAAUGGAAGGAAGAUAGUUCGAGAAAAGAAGAUUCUAGAAGUUCAUAUUGACAAAGGCAUGAAAGAUGGCCAGAAGAUAACAUUCCAUGGUGAAGGAGACCAAGAACCUGGACUGGAACCAGGAGAUAUUAUCAUUGUUUUAGAUCAGAAGGACCAUGCUGUUCAGUGUCAGACCUCUUAAUGGGGCCAGUGAAGAACACUGCUGGCAUUUUAUAUGCAGUAGUGAACGAAUGAAGGACUAUAAUCAUAGCUCACUACUUGCUAUUAUUGUUUUUGUUUUAAUAUUCAACUAUAGUAGUGUUUUAAAAGUUAAAUGAAGAAUAAAAAAUAUAAAAGCUCUGA